AGAUGGGCUUCUUCUCAAAAUGAAUGAAUCUAUCUAAGAAUGACGUCACACACGAGCUGCGCUGUGAUUGGUGGGUUCUCUUCCUGUUUCCUGUCGGCCGUCUCUGGUGGGUCCCUAGUCGCUACACGUGAAGGUCAGAAGCGGUACACUUUGAGGCUUUGCUGUCCGUCGAGGAGGGUUUCGUGUUGAGAAGAUGGAGGGACAAGGAGCCGCACCCGACCCCCAGCUUCAGCAGUUCAUCGAGGUUGAAUCCCAGAAGCAGAGAUUUCAGCAGCUGGUGCACCAGAUGACUGAAGUGUGCUGGGAAAAAUGCAUGGAUAAACCCGGGCCUAAGCUGGACUCCAGGACGGAGUGCUGCUUUGUGAACUGUGUGGAGAGAUUCAUAGACACGAGCCAGUUCAUCCUGAACAGGCUCGAACAGACGCAGAGGAGUAGAGGUUCGUUCUCAGAAUCCAUGUCGGAAUAAACGCUGUCCUGUUAAAGGACGGACAAAACGGACGCGUACCACCUUUGGCCCCCCCCCCACCUCCAGUACUGACUAACAUGAGAACCGUCCCAGCAACCUGAAGAGAGUAAAACAUGUUGGGUUUGAUACAAGGGCCUCAAGCGAACGCACGUAUCCGGUCAUCAGGAGUUGUACGCAUGCCAAGCCAUUGAUUGCCCCCCUCAAUGGGUAAUAUGCGUGUUGUUUGUGGACUGAAAGUCUUUUAAUGUUGCCAUGGCUAGGAAACGUUUCAUGUUAUUCAUUACUGCAGUUGGGUUUCAAACUUCAUUGGACACCUGUUUUGGCGCGAUGUGAACCCGCAUUGAAUCAGCCUUUGAAUCUAGUUGACGAGCGGGGAAGCCUAUAUGAUGUGGGCCACAUUGGGUCUACCGUGCUGUCCUACAAAUGGUCCACAUCACUGCUGUUUUGGUCCAAGUGGGUGUUAUCAGUGUCUUUAUUGAUAACAUACAUGAUCUUCGUUAACAAUGUUAAUGUACAUAUGCAAUAAAGAAUAUGUCAGUUGAAACCA